AUGACGGUUAUGUCAUUUCACAUGCAACCAGCAAUUGUUUGGGCACAGCGUAAAGAUGGCAAUGUUCUUGUAACAAUCCGUGUUCAUGAUUGCAUCGAUCCAUACAUUAAACUUAACCCAACAACAUUGACAUUCAGAGGAGAAUCUGAUAACAAAGAAAAUAAGUUCGAUUUAACACUUGAACUUUAUAAAGAGACUAUUGUUGAUGAAUCUAAGUACAACGUUAAGCCACGUGGUAUCGAAAUUAUCCUUAAGAAGAAGGAUACAUCAAUUUGGUGGCCACGUCUUGCAAAGACAACAAAGAAACUCCAUUAUAUUACAGUCGACUGGGAUAGAUGGAUUGAUGAGGAUGAUGAAGAAGAAAAGAAUGGCUACGAUUGGCAAAAUCAAGGAAUGAACUUCGGUGAUAUGGGAGAAGACGAUGAUGAUGCUGAUGAUGGAAUGGAGGAAGCUGCACCUUCUGCCCCACCAGCUGAAGAUAUUAAGCCUGAAAUUGACUAA